AUGCUGGAGCAACGCGAUUUUGGCCGGUCAAUGAACCGCCGAGCGCCGAGCACGCCCGUGCUGAUGACGAUGGCGAACACCAUCGCGGUGACUGGGGGGCCAUCCACAGCAUCAACCUGCCCAGAUCGGAAGGGUGUUAACAUCCAGAAAACCACAACGCCGCUAAGCGCUGAGAUCCGGAUCAUCACAAAUGAGCGCAUCAACGAUCACACGACCCGAUCUGCCGGAAUAACCAGGCACAUGGCGGCAAAGUUCGGCCCAUCACCGAUGGAAGCUCGCGGGAAAUUCGCUUGA